AUGGAAGCACGCUAAUCCAAAGUGCUCCACAAUGUUAACAGACAUUUAGGAAGUUUGUUUUUUAAGCGGAGACACAACCCUGUAUAUCUAAAGACUUAAAGGCAUUUUUAUAAAUUAACGAUAAAGAGACUCAAGGGUAGGAGCCGGGGGUUGCAGUAAACAUCUGUGGAAACGCCCAUCGCCUCCUAACGGUCCCAGAUUUAUAGUGGGGAGUUUAUUGGCAGUUAAAACUUUGCGUCGAGUCAAGGUUAACAGAACGACCAACAGCAGUAACGUUACCGUUAACUAACGUUACAUACCGGUAAAUAUGAAGAGUCCCGGACACGAGUACAGUAUUUUUGUUAGAGAAAAGAGGACACUCUUCUGACUAGCUGUCAGAGAGAAAACACACAUCUGAGAAGAUGGUGAAAAAUAAAAAUAUUGGUGGGCGUCCCAAUCGCUCUUCCACAUGCAAGACAAAAAAGGCUGGCUCCCAGGUUGCAAGCAGCAAGGACCUGAGUCCUCUGGAUAACCCAGCCGACAGUGACAUCCAUGCUAUUUCUCCAGAGCUUCAGACCACCGGCCAAGGUCAGCUGGGCUUUCCAGACAGAGCCUACCUGCUGGCAUCAGUCAUCUUCCAGAAUAACCACCUGGAGAAGCCUCCUGCCCAGCGGUUGGUGAAUUAUGGCAAAGAGAGAGGGCUCCCAUUACCUGAAGUGAAAGAUGAGGAGUUGCAACGUACAGCUUAUGAGCUGGCCUUCAAUACACUUAAAUAUCAAGAACUGCUGGAGGACAUCAUGAUUGACAGCUGCUUUUACCUCACUCAGCCAAUGCCAGAUGAUCAGAUGAGCCUUGUUGCCGUCACACUCUAUGACUUCCAGGACAGAAAGUUCCUCCCACGGGAACACCAGGGGGAGGAGGAGGUCAUACAGGAAGUUAGAGAUGUGGAGAACUACCUCCUCAGGUUUAAAACCAAGCUGGCAGCCUCUCUGGCCCGCUGCAGGAUCAAACAUGAUCUCUUGUCCAUUGAGUAUAUCCUGCCGGAGAGUGUGAAGACGAAGCAGGAGAGAUCAAGCAGCCUUCCACUUUACGCAUGGGUCAACACACUGAAGAGCAGCCUUGAUGAGGUCCAAAGUGUGCUGAAGAAUGCAGGCUUCUCGCAGGUGAAAUCGAUUGGGCAGCUGGAGGGCCCUACCUUCUGCCAGGAUCUCCACUGUGGGGAUAUACUGGUAUUCCCUGCUCAGCUGAAGGCUCAGCUGUACUCCACCAGGCUGCUUAGCGACCACAAACUCAUCAUCCAGGAUAAAUCUUGCAGCCUGGGCCCAAAUGCAGUGUGCUCCCUGCUACCAGAGGAAGGAGAUGUUCUUAUGGUGGGCUGCUUCUCUGGCCCCACUGUCUCCCACACUGCCUCCUUAAUUGCCGAGAAACAUAAAGCCAACAGCAAUGACAAGCCAACAGUCUACGCUUGUGUCAGUGAUCGUACGAACGCUCAGAGGUCGGAGCUACAGCAGGCCGUAACUGCCAUGGGCUGCAAGAAUGUGAAGCUGAUACCAGAGGACUUCCAGUCUUUGGGCUGUGGUGACAAGCGACUUCAGAAGGUGCGCGUUAUCCUGUUGAUCCCCAAGUGUUCUGUAUCUGCAGUCAGCAACCCGGUCGAAUUCAUACUGCAAGAGAAUGGAGACACAGACCUGCUGCAGGACUUAUCCCAGGGCUCUGUAGCCCCGAGCAAACUCGAAGCUCUGGUAGCCCAGCAGAGGAAGGAUAUUGAUCACGCCUUGAAAUUCCCUAAGGUUUUGGCAGUGGUAUACUCUACCUGCUCGUCAUACCCAGAGGAGAACGAGGCGCUGGUGAGCAGAGCCCUGGAGCAAGCCAAGGCCAGAGCAGAGCAGGAGGGAGAACCAAAACAAGCCAACUUCAGGCUUAGUCCCUGCCUGUUCAGCGUUCCUGACCAUGCCGAGGGCCUGGAGGAAACAGACCCGUUCUUCAUGUUGGAACCCUCUGAACAGAGCAAUGGCUGCUUUCUGGCUGUUCUCAACAGAGAGCCCGAGCCAGUGGUCAAAGAGGCACCACAUGAAGUGCUUGUCAGGGCAAAUGCCAAAGGCAUACUGGACAGGAUUGGCUCCAACCAGCUAACCAGAAAAGAGCAGUAUGGACAUACCAACAGGAUGACAAAAACGACCCAUGCUCGCACCUCUCAGACCCACCUCUGUGUCAGUAUUCAAUCCAAAAACCAAGAGACCAAGGGCAGCAACAGUACUACUUUGUGUGGACAUCAGGAAUUUACAAACAGGCGGCAGUCAUCACAAGGAAAAGCCCUGCGCUUGCAGGCCUCAAAGAACACAGUGUCCAGCUCUUCCUCCUCCAAACCAGAAAACAGCACACCCAAGAAAAGCAUCACCCCUGUAUUCAACACUACAACUUCCACCGCCACUCUGCAUCCCGCCCCUCCUCCUGCUACCCCGCUGGCCCCGGUUGUCCGUCCCCGUAGAGCUCAUCUGGAGGUGCUGAAGCCUGUGGUGCUCGUCCUGCCUCCCGUUCACUUCCCCAACUUCUUCCCACCUCAGCACAGCCGAACGAGAUUCAGCCCCAGCUUCAACUACAACAAGUGGAGGACUCCAGCUCAGACUGUACAACUCUCCCGCUCCAGUGGUAGUCUCUCCAAGGAUGCUAUGGUCAAAUCCCGGCCUCUGUUUUGAGCUCACCAACACAAAAAAGAAGUAUUAACCUUUGUGCCAAAUGCUUACCUAAAUAAAGUCAGUAGUAUCUAAAUCUAA